CUUUUUCGAGCGACGAGCGGGCGAGCAUUCGGUAAGUGUGAGGUGAUGGAAUGGGACAAGACGGCGGCGGAGAAGGAGGCUUCCUGGAUUGGGGAAUGGGACUCGGCCGCCGAGAAAGAGCUGCAAGCCAUCGAGGCGACCUAUUGCUCGUCCUUUUCAGCAACCACUGGCACCAAGCGUCAACUCUCCUCCGAUAUUGACGCUGAGGAAUCGGAAGCACUCGAUCCGCGACAAAUGGGCCGUCGUUUGCCCCGCUGGGGUUGGAAAGAUUCUAACCCUCUGAAGCGCCAUGUUCUCGAUCACAAUCACGUGGUUAGGGGGACUGACGGUCUUCUUCCUGCAUCGUACCCUUCAAAUGGGGCGUCGAGUGUACUGCCUCUUCCUCGUCCAGCUAGCCCUCGAGUGAGAUACCCAUCUAUGCUAUUUAAGGGUCGUAUAAUAUACUCUAGGGCUGCUGCAGAAGUUGAGCAGGCUGCUCAGGAGCUUUCAGAAAAAAUAUUUUCUAUGAAACAACAUAUGGAUCAUAUCUCCCUUGGAUUUGACAUAGAAUGGAAGCCCAUUUUUAGAAAAGGAUCUCAAAGGAAAGCAGCAGUGAUGCAAUUAUGCCUUGAGAAUACAACAUGUUAUGUCAUGCACAUAAUCCAUUCUGGAAUUCCUCCUCUUUUGAAGUCUCUUUUGGAGGAUCAUGCAUCUGUUAAGGUUGGAAUAGGCAUAGCCAAUGAUGCACGGAAGAUGUCAAAUGACUACAAUGUUUGUGUUGAACCAUUGGAGGAUUUAUCAAGUCUUGCGAACCUUGAGCUUGAUGUAGCUCCUAAACAAUGGAGUCUGGCUUCUUUAACCGAACUUAUCACAUGCAAGCAGUUGGAAAAGCCUAGAAGGAUUAGAUUGGGAAAUUGGGAAGCUGAGAUGUUGUCAAAAGAGCAACUGCAGUAUGCAGCGACAGACGCUUAUGUGUCAUGGUACUUGUAUGAGGCGCUGAAAGGAUUUCCAGUUAUAAAAGUUGAGAACAAAUGCGGGCAAGCAGACAAUGAAACUACCAAGGAGCAUCCGGAUAAGCAACCGGUUCUUUAGCUAGUUUAAUCUUUUGAAGUGUUGGCUCUUCAUUUUCCCAUCUUGUUUUUCCAUUUAAGUUCCUCAUAAUAUGAUUAGUAUCAAUAUUUUCCUUCAUUAUCACCUUCCUAGAAUGGGGAGUGUAGCAAGACACUUAGAAUGCUGGUAGGAAGGGUUUGUGUUGAUUAUGUUCAUCAUGAUAAUUAUGCCAUCCAUGAAUGUGAUUUUGUUGUUGAUCAAGUAAAUAUUCAUUAUAGCAA